AUGACGACCACCGACAGUCUCAGUACCCGAGUUCGCCGGCUGUCUAGCCUGGAUGCUACUCGGGCCGACCUUUAUGGUGGUCCUAGCGUGGUUCUGCCUCCCAAAUACCUGAUGGCCUCCAGCGCUCACGACACGGCCUUGGAGAUGGAAAUGGCCAAGCAGCACCUGGAUGAUGAGACAUCUUCUGAAGAUGGGUCUCCUCGUGUGGCCACUCCCGUCUCUAGGCCUGCACAGACCACGACGGACGAGUUUGCCUUGGCCUUCGACAUCGACGGGGUCCUAAUUAGAGGAGGGGAUCCUAUCCCAGAGGCCGUUGAGGCCUUGAAGUAUAUCAAUGGAGACAACCCCUACGGGAUCAAAGUGCCAUACAUAUUUGUGACGAACGGUGGGGGAAAAACGGAAGAAGAACGAUGCCUAGAUCUCAGUCGACAAUUGGAACUGGAGGUUUCCCCUGGCCAAUUCAUCUGCGGCCACACCCCCAUGCGCGAAAUGACCGAGAGGUAUCACACUGUUCUUGUUGUGGGUGGUGUCGGCGAGAAAUGCCGGGUUGUCGCUGAAGGGUACGGCUUCAAGGAUGUCAUCACCCCUGGAGAUAUCAUCAAAACGAGACAAGAUACUACCCCGUUUCGGAUCCUAACCAAGGAAGAAUAUGACAAUUCCCGGGUUCGAGAUCUCAGUAAAACGAGAAUUGAGGCUAUUUUUGUCUUCGCCGAUAGUAGGGACUGGGCUGGAGACCAGCAGAUCAUCUUGGACUGUCUAAUGUCGAAGGAUGGGCAUCUUGGCACUCGCUCCGAGAACUUCGACGAGGGUCCUCCUGUGUUCUUUUCCCACAAUGAUGUUGUAUGGUCCACUUCCCAUGAGCACUCCCGUAUCGGCAUGGGCGCACUCCGGGCAUCGCUGGAGGCUCUGUACAAAGCCGUCACUGGAAAGGAAUUAACGACUAUCGCGUUCGGAAAACCCCAGUUAGGCACAUAUCAAUUUGCCACCAGGCUUCUUCGCCAAUGGCGCAAGGACACCCAUGGCAUCAACAAACCUCCGCAAACUGUAUACUUUGUCGGCGAUACGCCUGAGUCGGACGUCCGAGGGACCAACGAGUUUGACAAAAUCAGCGAUGUCCACUGGUACUCGAUCUUGGUCAAGACCGGCGUAUAUCAGGAAGGCACAACUCUUCGAUUCCCACCGAAGAAAGUGUGCCAGAACGUCCUGGAUGCGGUUCAAUUCUCCGUGGAGCGUGAGAUGUCCCGCAAUUGUAACGAGUCAGCCAUCGCGGAUGACGCAGACUCGCAGGAAUCGACCUCUAUCGGCAUACGAAUCUGA